GUGUGCCCUACUGAACACUGGUGAGAAAAGAAGAUGAUAGACGUGUUCAAACCAAUAGACAAGAUGUUUGUUGGUUGCGUCAGGGAAAGUAAUGCUAUUCGGUUGGAUUUACGUUUUUAGGGCGGGUUUAAUUUUCGGAUACGGAAAAGGAAGGAGCUAUGUUUUGAAAGCAUUGUCAGAAGUUUAGAAAGUUACGAAAAGGGGACUUGUUGAAAUAACUUUACAUUACAUUAUUUACAUAGGGCAGUGAUACUAUUAAAAUACAUAAUUCUAUUUUAACAACGUGCGUGUCACUAUAAUUGAAGGAAGGCAGUUUGGGAGAGGUUACUAACUUCGCUACGUUGAUUUCUAGCGUGUGCUUGCUUUGACAACUAGUUAAACGUUUUUGAAUGGUAUUACUUGACUGUUGCCAAGAUGGACAUACAACACCGGCAGCGUCCGGUCAAACCGGACCAGAGUUUUUGGGACAACCGAAGACUGUGGACCGCAAGGAUUUUCUCCAUGCUCUGCUGUACGAUGGUGGUGUCGGUCGUUGCGGUAUUCUGCGCCUUUGUUUACCUCAUCUUGAAAGAGAUGCAGAAUGAGAGAGUGAUUGGAGAGGAUGGCUCAGAGGUUAGACUCCUAGGGUUCUGGAGUGUUCUGGUCAUGUCGGUGCUAGCAGGGUUCUGCUGCUGUAGCUUCACAUGGACCAUCACCUACUUCGACUCUUUUGAGCCCGGCACGUUCCCCCCAACGCCCCUGUCCCCUGGCCACCUCAGGCAGGUGACAGGUCACUCCUUCCACAUGGGCUACAGUGUGGCGGUCCUAAAUGGCAUUGUAGCGGCGAUCACCAUCAUCUGGAGCCUUACCUGACCUUACCCACAACCCCCUGUUCUACCUGACCUUACCCACAACACCCUGUUCUACCUGACCUUACCCACACCCCCUGUUCUACCUGACCUUACCCACAACCCCCUGUUCUACCUGACCUUACCCACAACCCCCUGUUCUACCUGACCUUACCCACAACCCCCUGUUCUACCUGACCUUACCCACAACACCCUGUUCUACCUGACCUUACCCACAACACCCUGUUCUACCUGACCUUACCCACAACACCCUGUUCUACCUGACCUUACCCACAACACCCUGUUCUACCUGACCUUACUCACAACCUCCUGUUCUACCUGACCUUACCCACAACCCCCUGUUCUACCUGACCUUACCCACAACCCCCUGUUCUACCUGACCUUACCCACAAUCUUUCCCAUGUGUAUGUGUACAUCUCAAGAGAAGCAGUAGAACAUGAUGUGAUACUAUGAGACAAUGUGUCCAGUACUAAAGUCAGCAUCUCACUCACUAGCUCCUUGUCAUUUGGUUCUCCAUGCUGUCCUCUUCUUGGCCAAGUCCCAGGCUGAUGCAGUGUUGAGUCCCAGGUUUCUACAAAGUCAGGAUACCUUUUUUAAUGUACUGUAUAUUGUGAUAUAUAUAUAUCUAGCCUAAAGAGGUUUUUGUGCCAAAUGAGUGCUAUAAAGAGAACGUUUGAAAUAUAAAAUGAGGCUCACACAUUAUAAAUCUAUAGUUUAUUGUAAGUCUAAUAUAUAACCUGUAGAGGUAUGUUCCAUGCAAUGUAUCUGUGCAUUUGACUGUUAUUCUCCCUGAACCACUGAAUUACGCUUUCACUGUCUCUCCUUCCCACACUGAUGUCUGUACUACUGAACAGUAAAGAAGCGCUCACCUGC